CGAUUCUAUAUUCGAUUAUUAAAAUAACACAUUUGAAGCGAACAGACGAAAAAUAAUUAUUUUAUUAUUUCAAACAUAAACAUUAUUAAAGUUAAUAUUCAAUAAACAGAUACGAUAAUAAAAGAGAAAUAUAGCAUUAGAGUAAUGUAGGGCCGGUGAAAAGCAUCUAGGCUAGACGAGUGCUCAUUGUUUGGUGUUAAAAGCGUUCCCGUUGUCAAGGAGGAGUGAUGGGACGCUAUUUCUUGUAAAUUCUCUUCUCAGUUACUUUGAAAUGAGUGCUCAUGGAUGUAUUCAUUUAACCAACUUCAAGAACGGUAAAGGAACUCAUUCUUUUCGUGUCAUCCAUGCUUAUUUCAUAGCCUGUAUCACCGAGGAAUCGAGAAGAAAAAAGGCUCGAGCAUGUAUUUGUCAAACUUGUCGAAGUCAUGCACCAAGAUUGCAUGCAUGUCUUCAUUGUGUAUACUUUGGUUGUUAUGGUGCUAAACAUAUUCACGAACAUGCACGGAACAAAAAACAUUUUCUUGAAAAAUGUAACUAUAACCUGAAGAUAGAUGCAUACUCACACUACUUCUCCACAUAGUCUCCAUAUUUAUGCAAGCAUUUAAUCACCUACAGAUUAAUGCAUUCAUUCUAGCAAAGAAGAAAGUUGUGUUGAGCAACUCCAGCCAGUUAAAAACAGUGUAGCAGGUCUUCUUCAAUUUCAGAUCUUUGUCCAUUGAGUUGGUCUUUUGUUGGCUCAAACAGUUAAUAAUUGCUGAAAGACUGGUUCAGGUUGUGGAUAGGAUGUUCCAAAACCUCUCUACAAAAAUCUUCAAUUUAGCAACAGGUGAUGUCAAUAUGGGGUUCACAUUCAUGUAACAAAAUUAUUCCUUUUGAAUUGUCCCAGGUCUUUUGUGACAGAUAGCCUCUUACAGUCUGUCCAGUCUCAGAAUAUCUCCAGAUUAUUCAAAAGUAUCUGCAAAUAGAUCUAGCUUUAGAACAUCUAUGCUGUUAUGUAGAACAGGGAAAAAAUCUUUUUAAUUCCAUUUUCACAGCAGAUGAAACUUGGGUUUAACACUUCCAAUCUGAAAUCAAGAACAUUAAGAAUGAUAUGGAAGCAUCUGGCAUUCCCUUUCAACAAGAAGUUCAAAAUGUCAGCAAGUGCUGGAAUAGUUUUGGCAACUGAAUUUUGGGGCAUUCAUGAGUAUCUAUAUAAAGACUUCUCAUCAAAGGAGAUGACAAUAAAUGCCAAUGCCAAUGCUUUCUUAUUAGGAUAUAUUUGCUUAUUUGAAGGAGGCCAUUCAUCACAAGAAGUUAUUUAUUCUGUUUCAUAGUGUUGUUCUUCUUCAUGACAAUUCACAAUGCUGCCAAAGACAGUUGCAUUGCUGCAGAAGUGAAAAUGGGAGGUUUUAGCCCAUUCUUCUUAUAAACUCAAUUUGAUCCCUUCAGAUUUCCAUAUUUUUCUCACAACUCAAGAAGCAUCUCUGAGGGAUAUGUUACUGCUCAAAUUAUGGGGUGCAACUUGAAAUAUACAAAUGGCUAUACAAAUAAUCAGGACAAAGUGUUUUUCACAUGGACACAGAACAGCUGGUAGUAUGCUGGGAUAAAUGUGUCUACAAGUAUGGUGACUAUAUUUAAAAAUAGAGGAA